AUGCUGCGCGCCUCUAUCCUGCGCGCCCGGCCGGCCCUGCGGCCAAUUGCCCCCAGGGUGCGCCCGCAAUGGCAGCAAGCCCAGCGCUUCUACGCCGACGACAAAAAGUCGCUCGGCGAGACGAGCAUCCCCAAUCCCGCGCCAACCGUCACGCCGUCUACCUCUGCCCCCGUCGAGAACGCGACUAUCCCCAGCUCUGACAUCCCGAGGGCACCGCCGGCUCCCGAGACCUCUGCCUCGCGCUCGGCGCCCGUCGUGCAGCCCGCAACGCUCCCACCCACCGGCCCCGGCACCGCCAGCAUUGCCCCCGACCCAAAGAGCGCACCCAAGCCGAAGCGGAAGCGGCGUCUGGGACGCUUCCUUCUCUACACGCUGCUGCUCUCUGCCCUCGGAUACGGCGGUGGUGUGUGGUACUCGCUCGUCUCGGACAACUUCCACGACUUCUUCACCGAAUACGUGCCCUUUGGCGAGGAUGCCGUGGCUUACUUUGAGGAGCGCGAGUUCCGAAGGCGCUUUCCUGGACGUGCUGGCCAGCCGCGACUACACCCGCAGGUCACGGGCGAGAGCAAGGUCACCAUCCCCGGAAAUAGCGGCCUCACUUCGCGCCUAGCCAGCGAGCACAGCACUGAUCUCGCCGUAAAGGGCCCGCACGUCAGCGCCACCGACGAUAAUGCUAAAGCUGCCCACGACAGGUCCUCACCGUCGCCCAAGGAAGCCAAGUCCGUCCCCGCAACCGAAACGAAGCCUGCGCCGACUCCAGCUCCAGCUCCAGCGAAGCAAAUCGCACAGAUUGAUCAUCUGAACACGCCGCAAGCCAGCGAGCCCAUCGUGCAGGACGUUGUCAAGAUCGUAAACGAUAUCAUCACCGUCAUCAACGCCGACACCAACCGUGACACCAAGUACAACUCUGCGCUGGAGAAGGCCAAGUCGGAGCUCAGCAAGGUUGUGUCCGACAUUAACCUGCUCAAAGCGAACAUCCAGAAGACGGCUGAGGAACAGAUCAAUGCCGCUCACACCGAGUUCGACGGAGCCGCAAAGGAGCUCGUGCAGCGUCUAGAGCACCAGAUGAAGGUUCAGGAGACGCAAUGGAAAGAAGAGUACGAGAACGAGCGCGAGCGCCUCGCCCAGGCGUACAAGGAGAGGACUCGCUCUGAGCUGGACGCUGCUCAGAAAGUCUACGAACAGAAGCUGAAGAACGAGUUGCUUGAACAGAGUAUUGCCCUCCAGCGCCAGUUUGCCGGUUCUGUACGGGAUCAGGUCGAGAAUGAGCGCGAAGGCCGUCUUGGCAAGCUAAACGAGCUUUCUUCCUCUGUACAGGAGCUGGAGAAGCUGACUGCGCAAUGGAACUCGGUCAUUGACGCCAACCUUAAGACACAACAUCUUGUAGUUGCCGUUGAGGCAGUCAAGUCUGCUCUAGAAAACCAGAUCGUACCCAAACCCUUCAUCACCGAGCUCGCUGCUCUAAAGGAGAUUGCCGCUGAUGACCCCGUGGUCGCCGCCGCUAUUGCGAGCAUCAACCCUGCUGCGUACCAGCGCGGCAUCCCCAACUCAGCACAGCUCAUCGACCGUUUCCGACGCGUCGCCCAGGAAGUGCGAAAAGCUGCUCUUCUCCCCGAAGACGCUGGUGUCGCAUCGCACCUUGCUUCCUUGGCCAUGUCUAAGGUCCUGUUCAAGAAGUCCGGCCUCGCCGUAGGCCAAGACGUCGAAGCCGUGCUCGCGCGGACAGAAGCGCUCCUCGAGGAAGGCGACCUCGACGCGGCUGCCCGUGAGAUGAACGGCCUACAGGGCUGGGCCAAAGUCCUCAGCAAGGACUGGCUCGGCGAGUGCCGGAGAGUGCUCGAGGUGAAACAGGCGUUGGAUGUGAUGGCGACAGAGGCGCGGCUGCAGAGUCUGCUUGUAGAGUAAGCGUUGCAUGGCGGAAAAUCCCUGUUUCAUGCGAAAUCCUAGUUCCCUUUGUGUGUAUACGGAUGGGUAUGUGUAGCUCUACGUGUAGCUUUAGCCUAUAGAACCCUUAUUUCUGC